UACACUUCCCUCCUCUUCGACCCGCCCCCUCCGGCCAGCAUCAUUUCCUGUGCGCUGAGCGCGGAUUGGCCCAGUGGUCGGAAGUGGGGGCGGGCGGUGGGGCCGUUGCCGCAGUGACAGGGCUGGGGGAGUCCGAAGAUGGCGGCGUCGCGUCGCUCUCAGCAUCAUCACCACCAUCAUCAACAACAGCUCCAGCCCGCCCCAGGGGCUUCGGCGCCGCCGCCGCCGCCGCCCCCGCCUCUCAGCCCCGGCCUGGCCCCAGCGACCACCCCAGCCUCCCCCACGGCCGGCGGCCUGGCCCCUUUCGCUUCCCCGCGGCACGGCCUAGCGCUGCCCGAGGGGGAUGGCAGUCGGGAUCCGCCCGACAGGCCCCGAUCCCCGGACACAGCUGACAGUAGCAGCUGUGGCAAUACCAGCAGCAGCACCAUUUGUCCUGUGGCCGCUGCUGCCGGGGUCCCGGCGGCUUCCGCUUCGUUGGCCGUCGGGGUUGCUUCCCAUCCAGCCGGCGGCGGCAGUACCAAUUCCCCGUCGUCCUCUUCUUCCCCGACUUCUUCCUCUCCGUCCUCCCCGGGAUCGAGCUUGGCGGAGAGCCCCGAGGCAGCCGGCGUGAGCCACACCGCCACACUGGGAGCCGGGACGACUGGGGUCCCGGCAGUGAGUGGGGCCCUGCGAGAACUGCUGGAGGCCUGUCGCAAUGGGGACGUGUCCCGGGUCAAGAGGCUGGUGGACUCGGCCAACGUGAACGCAAAGGACAUGGCCGGCCGCAAGUCUUCGCCCCUGCACUUCGCUGCAGGUUUUGGAAGGAAGGAUGUUGUGGAACACUUACUGCAGAUGGGUGCUAAUGUUCAUGCUCGGGAUGACGGUGGUCUCAUCCCACUUCAUAAUGCCUGUUCUUUUGGCCAUGCUGAGGUGGUGAGUCUGUUACUCUGCCAAGGAGCUGAUCCAAAUGCCAGGGAUAACUGGAACUAUACUCCUCUGCAUGAAGCUGCUAUUAAAGGGAAGAUCGAUGUAUGCAUUGUGCUGCUGCAGCACGGAGCGGAUCCAAACAUUCGGAACACCGAUGGGAAAUCAGCCUUGGACCUGGCAGAUCCUUCAGCCAAAGCUGUCCUGACAGGUGAAUACAAGAAAGACGAACUCCUAGAAGCUGCUAGGAGUGGUAAUGAAGAGAAACUAAUGGCUUUACUGACUCCUCUAAAUGUGAAUUGCCAUGCAAGCGAUGGACGAAAGUCUACUCCUUUACAUCUAGCAGCUGGCUACAACAGAGUUCGAAUAGUUCAACUUCUUCUUCAGCAUGGUGCUGAUGUUCAUGCGAAAGACAAAGGUGGACUUGUGCCUCUUCAUAAUGCAUGCUCGUAUGGACAUUAUGAAGUCACAGAACUGCUGCUAAAGCAUGGAGCCUGUGUGAACGCUAUGGAUCUCUGGCAGUUUACUCCGCUACAUGAGGCAGCUUCCAAGAAUCGUGUGGAAGUCUGUUCUUUGUUACUUAGCCAUGGCGCUGACCCCACAUUAGUCAACUGCCAUGGCAAGAGUGCUGUGGACAUGGCUCCAACUCCUGAGCUCCGGGAGAGGCUGACUUAUGAAUUUAAAGGUCAUUCUUUACUGCAAGCAGCCAGAGAAGCAGACCUAGCCAAAGUGAAAAAAACUCUUGCUUUGGAAAUCAUUAAUUUCAAACAACCGCAGUCUCAUGAAACAGCGUUGCAUUGUGCCGUGGCUUCCUUGCAUCCCAAACGAAAGCAAGUGACAGAACUGUUACUUAGAAAAGGAGCAAAUGUGAAUGAGAAAAACAAAGACUUCAUGACCCCUCUGCACGUUGCAGCAGAGAGAGCCCACAAUGACGUCAUGGAGGUUCUGCACAAGCACGGUGCCAAGAUGAAUGCACUGGACACCCUUGGUCAGACUGCUUUGCAUAGAGCCGCCCUAGCAGGCCACCUGCAGACCUGUCGCCUCCUGCUGAGCUACGGCUCGGAUCCCUCCAUCAUCUCCCUGCAAGGCUUUACAGCAGCACAAAUGGGGAAUGAAGCAGUGCAGCAGAUUCUGAGUGAAAGUACACCUGUACGCACAUCUGAUGUUGACUACAGGCUUCUAGAAGCAUCCAAAGCUGGAGACUUGGAAACUGUGAAGCAACUUUGCAGCCCUCAAAAUGUGAAUUGCCGAGACCUAGAGGGCCGGCACUCCACGCCGUUACACUUUGCAGCAGGCUAUAACCGCGUGUCCGUCGUGGAAUACCUGCUACACCAUGGUGCAGAUGUCCAUGCCAAGGACAAAGGUGGCUUGGUGCCUCUUCAUAAUGCCUGUUCAUAUGGACACUAUGAGGUAGCUGAGCUUUUAGUAAGGCAUGGGGCUUCUGUGAAUGUGGCGGACCUAUGGAAAUUUACCCCUCUUCAUGAAGCAGCAGCUAAAGGAAAAUAUGAAAUCUGCAAGCUCCUUUUAAAACACGGAGCAGAUCCAACUAAAAAGAACAGAGAUGGAAACACACCCUUAGAUUUGGUAAAAGAAGGAGACACGGAUAUUCAGGACUUGCUAAGAGGGGAUGCUGCCCUACUGGAUGCUGCCAAGAAGGGCUGCCUGGCCAGAGUGCAGAAGCUCUGCACGCCAGAGAACAUCAACUGCAGAGACACCCAGGGCAGAAAUUCUACUCCCUUGCACCUGGCAGCAGGCUACAAUAACCUGGAAGUAGCUGAAUAUCUUCUAGAACAUGGAGCAGAUGUUAAUGCCCAAGAUAAGGGUGGUUUAAUCCCUCUUCAUAAUGCAGCAUCUUAUGGGCAUGUCGACAUAGCAGCGUUACUGAUCAAAUACAACACAUGUGUAAAUGCAACAGAUAAGUGGGCAUUUACUCCUCUUCAUGAAGCAGCCCAGAAAGGAAGGACACAGUUAUGUGCCCUGCUUCUAGCACAUGGUGCCGAUCCCACUAUGAAGAACCAAGAAGGUCAAACGCCUUUAGAUUUGGCAACAGCAGAUGAUAUCAGAGCUUUGCUGAUAGACGCCAUGCCCCCAGAGGCCUUACCUACCUGCUUUAAACCCCAGGCUACUGUGGUGAGCGCCUCGCUGAUCUCACCCGCGUCCACGCCCUCCUGCCUGUCCGCUGCCAGCAGCAUAGAUAACCUCACGGGCCCUCUGGCCGAGUUGGCAGUAGGAGGAGCCUCGAAUGCAGGCGAUGGAGCAGCUGGCACAGAAAGGAAGGAAGGGGAAGUUGCGGGUCUUGACAUGAAUAUCAGCCAGUUCCUAAAAAGCCUUGGCCUUGAACAUCUGCGGGAUAUCUUUGAAACAGAACAGAUUACACUAGAUGUGUUGGCUGAUAUGGGUCAUGAAGAGUUGAAAGAAAUAGGUAUCAACGCAUAUGGACAUCGCCACAAAUUAAUCAAAGGAGUAGAAAGACUUUUAGGUGGACAACAAGGAACCAAUCCCUAUUUGACUUUCCACUGUGUUAACCAGGGGACUAUAUUGCUGGAUCUCGUUCCAGAAGAUAAAGAGUAUCAGUCCGUAGAAGAAGAGAUGCAAAGUACCAUUCGAGAACACAGAGAUGGUGGUAAUGCUGGAGGCAUCUUCAACAGAUACAAUGUCAUCCGAAUUCAAAAAGUUGUCAACAAGAAGUUGCGGGAGCGGUUCUGUCACAGGCAGAAGGAGGUGUCGGAGGAGAACCACAACCAUCACAACGAGCGCAUGUUGUUUCACGGUUCUCCUUUUAUUAAUGCCAUUAUACAUAAAGGAUUUGAUGAGAGACAUGCGUACAUAGGAGGAAUGUUUGGAGCUGGAAUUUACUUUGCUGAAAACUCCUCAAAAAGCAACCAGUAUGUUUAUGGCAUUGGAGGAGGAACUGGCUGCCCCACACACAAAGACAGGUCUUGUUACAUAUGUCACAGGCAAAUGCUGUUCUGCAGAGUGACCCUUGGAAAAUCCUUUCUGCAAUUCAGCACCAUGAAAAUGGCUCACGCACCUCCAGGACAUCACUCGGUUAUUGGUAGACCAAGUGUUAAUGGGCUGGCAUAUGCUGAGUAUGUCAUCUACAGAGGAGAACAGGCGUACCCAGAGUAUCUCAUCACCUACCAGAUCAUGAAGCCCGAGGCGCCUUCCCAGACCGCGACUGCUGCCGAGCAGAAGACCUAGUGAACGCCCACGGUUAAAGGCAGAUCGGAUGGAGCCUGGAACUGGAGGACAGCGCAUUGUUUGCAACAACAACAAAUGAAUACUCUGUAAAUCCCUGACAGCCUAGAAACAAGCUGUCUUAUACAGCAUUGCUCUAGUGAUGAAUAUAGUAUGAGGAACUGAUACAUA